AUGUCGUUUUCUUGUGCAAAAGCCUUCUUCCAACGGUUUUGUGUUGAAGAGUUCCAAAUGGAGAGAACUAGCCUAGGUUCCGUCUUCUCUAGUCAUCUCCUCCCAUCUCUUGGGGCCAGAAUCAACCAGGCAACAAAGCUUCAAAAACACAUAAUUUCUCCUUUCAGUCCCCGUUACAGGGCUUGGGAAAUGUUGCUGAUUAUUCUGGUCAUCUACUCUGCCUGGAUCUGCCCAUUUGAGUUUGGAUUUCUGCCCUACAAGCAAGACGCGCUUUUCAUCUUCGAUAACAUUGUCAAUGGCUUCUUCGCCAUCGAUAUCGUUCUCACUUUCUUUGUAGCAUAUCUCGACACAGAAACUUAUCUUCUUGUUGAUGAUGCCAAGAAAAUUGCAAUCAGGUACAUAUCUACCUGGUUUAUCUUCGAUGUCUGUUCGACAGCGCCAUUUGAAGCUUUCAGCCUCCUGUUCACAAAGCAUAACAGUGGACUCGGCUAUAAAGCACUCAACAUGCUCAGGCUCUGGCGACUGAGACGAGUCAGCUCCCUGUUUGCAAGACUAGAGAAGGACAUCCGGUUUAACUACUUCUGGAUUCGAUGCAUAAAGCUCACUUCUGUAACUCUGUUUGCAGUACACUGUGCUGGAUGCUUUAACUAUCUGAUUGCAGAUAGAUACCCGGAUCCAGAACGAACCUGGAUUGGUGCAGUCUAUCCAAAUUUCAAAGAAGAGAACCUCUGGGACAGAUAUGUAACUUCAAUUUACUGGUCUAUUACUACACUAACUACUACUGGUUAUGGAGACUUGCAUGCUGAGAACCCAAGAGAGAUGCUGUUUGAUAUUUUUUACAUGCUAUUCAACUUGGGAUUAACAUCUUACCUCAUUGGGAACAUGACCAAUCUUGUUGUUCACUGGACCAGCCGGACCAGAGAUUUUAGGGAUACAGUCAGGUCUGCUUCAGAGUUUGCAACAAGGAAUCAAUUGCCCCCACGCAUUCAGGAUCAGAUGCUGUCGCACUUAUGUCUCAAGUUCAAAACAGAAGGAUUGAAACAACAAGACACUUUGAAUGGCCUGCCAAGAGCCAUUCGCUCCAGCAUUGCACACUAUCUCUUCUUCCCUAUCGCUCAAAAUGUCUAUCUUUUCCAGGGUGUUUCUCAGGACUUCCUUUUCCAACUGGUUUCUGAAGUGGAGGCUGAGUAUUUCCCACCUAGAGAAGAUGUGAUUCUACAGAAGGAGGCUCCAACAGAUAUAUAUAUUCUUGUCUCGGGAGCGGUGGAUUUGAUAGCAUAUAUUGACGGACAUGAUCAGAUUCUCGGAAAGGCUGUUGCAGGGGAUGUGUUUGGAGAGAUUGGGGUUUUAUGUUAUAGGCCACAAUCGUUAACAGUCCGGACCUCUGAGCUUUCUCAGAUACUAAGAUUAAGCAGAACUUCACUGAUGAACGCAAUCCAAGCAAAUAUGGAAGAUGGACAAAUUAUUAUGAACAAUCUUUUCAAGAAACUGAAAGGGCUAGAAAGCUCAGGCUUUACAGACCCACAUAUGGACCCAGAGUCCAUCCUCAGAGAAUGGAUUGAUGGAGUACCACCAGGAGGAAGCCUUUCCCAUGCUGGAUGUCAUGAUCAAUCACCACAUGGAGAUCCAUCAAUACAAGAAGCAAGGGACAUAGGUUUACUGGGAUCAGAAGCUACAAAGAAGAGUAAAGCAGACAAAGCUCAUGAGUCGACUGGAUGCGGGAUCGAUGCAAAUUCAGCAGCUGAGGAUGGCCAAACGGCUCUUCAUGUUGCUGUCUGCAACGGGCAUCUUGAAAUGGUUAGAAUUCUGCUAGAAAGAGGAGCAAAUGUGAACAAAAAGGAUGCUAGAGGGUGGACCCCAAAAGCUUUAGCGGAACAAGAAGGAAAAAAAAGCAUAUAUGACCUCUUACUAAGUUAUGAAAAUAGAAGGUUAUUAGAUGAACACAAAAUUCAUUUUAUUGGGUCAGGCGCAGCUGACUGUUGUACUAGUCAAGGUCUACAUACAAGAACGGGGGGGCCCAAUUUUCACAACUCUCAAUUUAAAAAGGUAUCCACAAAUUCCAAUUCAGGCAGUCCUAGCCCUCCCGGCAACAAAGAUGUUAUGACAUUGACCAAGAGGAGAGUCACUAUCCACAGACAGUUUCAAAAUGCAAGUACAUCACAGGGGCAGUUUGGGAAGUUGAUUAUUCUACCUGAUUCAAUAGAAGAGCUACUGCAAAUUGCUGGUCAAAAGUUUGGAGGCUACAAUCCCACCAAAGUCGUUAGUGCAGGGAAUGCAGAAAUAGAUGACAUAAGCGUUAUCCGAGAUGGGGAUCAUCUGUUUCUACUUCAAAAUGAGAAUGAAACUACAAUUACAAUGUUACCUAAUGGUUACUGA